UCGUGCUGUGUGACACUUUUGCUACAUGCGAUAAGAUCGGUUUGAAUACGAAUUCAGUUUAGUUUUUGUUGUGGCCUGAAUUGCAUGGGCGAUCCAAUGAAUAACAAGUUAAACUUUUAACCUUAAUUAAAGUUAAUAAAAGAUUAACGUUAAUAAAAACUAUAAUAACAAAAAAAAAUUUACAGAGUGGUAUGCUUAAAAAUAAUUACAAGACUUUAAAAUGCAAUCCAUAAAAUUUUUAAUUUUUUUUCAAAUAAUUCUCCUAUGUCAUUCUAUAAGAGGCGAUGGAGAUAGCAAUAAAUGGGCUUGCACAUCUCUAGACCUAUGUAUACUGGACCCAGCAUCGAAUAUUGGAGAUGCAAUUCGAUUUGAAAGUCAACAUGAUUGCCGAUUGUCAUGUGGUCGAUAUGGAGCCAUAUGGCCUAUGCCGACUGGAGACUGCAGUAUAUCAAAUGAGAGAGUCCGUUUCGAUCCGUGGAAAGUACGUUUCAAUGUUGUUGCGCCAACUGCUGCAACAACACAGUUUAUACGUGAAACAAAUCGUAUAUUCGUUAGUAAUAUUUUAAAGGAAUGCGUACGAAACUGUACGCUUGACAAGGGAAAAGAGAUACUCGUGAAAGCCACGAUUAACUCAACUAGUCUUAGUUUGGAUUGGAACACAGAUGAGUCGUAUACAUUAAGUAUACGUACAACAGCUACCGCAACUUUCGUUGAUAUAAAGUCGGUAACAGUUUAUGGAGCAAGACAUGCGUUUGAGACCCUUUCAAAUUUAAUAACUGGAAGUGUGAGCAAUGGAUUAUUGAUGACUCAAGCUGCUCGAGUUAUCGAUAGACCCAUAUUCACGCAUAGAGGUGUUUUAUUGGAUACAUCAAGAAAUUAUAUGCCGCUACGUAUCAUACGUAAUACUCUUGAUGCGAUGGCUGCAUCAAAACUAAAUGUAUUCCAUUGGCAUGUUGUGGAUACACACAGUUUCCCAUUAGAAAUUACACGUGUUCCUGAAUUGCAACGUUUUGGUGCUUAUUCCAAUGAACAUACAUAUUCUCGAACCGAUACCCAAAAUCUCAUAAAAUAUGCACGUUUACGUGGCAUUCGAGUACUGAUAGAAAUCGAUGGACCUUCACAUGCUGGUAAUGGUUGGCAAUGGGGUCCUAUGAGUGGAAUGGGUAACUUAGCUGUAUGCAUAAAUAAUACACCAUGGCGUCAAUAUUGUGUGCAACCACCUUGUGGUCAAUUGAAUCCAUUAAAUGAUAAUAUGUAUUCGAUAAUGAAAGAGAUUUAUGAAGAUAUUGCUGAAGUUGGAGCUCCUGAAGAAACCAUACAUAUGGGUGGUGAUGAGGUUUACAUACCUUGUUGGAAUAAUACAAAGGAGAUAACACAAAAAAUGAUUGAUACCGGCUAUGAUUUGAGCAUGAAAAGCUUUUUUAAGUUGUGGUCAAAUUUCCAUUUAAAAAAUUUAGAAUCAUGGGAUGAUGUCAAUCAGCGACAAUAUCCACGUUUGCAAACACCAAAAUCGGUGAUUGUAUGGUCAAGUCAUUUAACUGAACCAAAUAUAAUUGAAGAAUUUUUACCUAAGGAACGUUUUAUUAUACAAACAUGGGUUGAUGCGGAUGAUACCAUAAAUCAGGAUUUAAUGAAAAGAGGUUAUAAUAUUAUUCUUUCAACUAAAAAUGCUUGGUAUUUGGAUCAUGGUUUCUGGGGUCGUACACCAUACUAUAAUUGGGCGACAGUAUAUAAUAAUCGAAUUGAACCUAACACAAAAGUGUUAGGUGGAGAAGUUUGCAUGUGGAGCGAAUAUGUAGAUCAAAACUCCGUUGAGGCUCGAAUAUGGCCACGCGCAGGCGCUGCAGCAGAACGUUUAUGGUCAAAUCCGAAAACCUCGAAUAUUUUGGCUCAAACGCGCUUCUAUCGCUACAGAGAUCGAUUAAUUGCUCGUGGUAUAAGACCAGAUGCUGUUAUACCAAAAUGGUGCGUUCUAAACGAAGGACAGUGUCUGUAGUGAAAUUAUUUUCACAAAAAAUUUAGUAUACUAACUAAGAAUCUUAAUAGCCUUAAAGGAUUAAUAAAAAUAUAAAAAGUCAAUG